AUGGCAAUGGCAGAAGGAAGCACUGGACACCACAUUGCAUGCAAUUCAAGCGACAUUUUCUGUGAAGUUCAAGAGCUUUAUUGUGGCCAAGCGUAUCGUUUCCAUGUCAAAGCUGCUAAUGAGAUGUGUGAGAGUGCAAUGAAUUCCAGCUCCAUUGUUCACACAGCACCCUGUCUCCCCACCAACGUCACAGCAAGUAUCGAUUGCAAGGUUAAUUCAGCCAUUCUUUCCUGGAGUAAGAGUGAGGGUGCAUUGUUUUAUAUUGCGACAGCGAUAAAUCAGAAUGGAGAAGUUUACUGGUGUAAUACAUCAACUACACAGUGUGAAAUUAAACAACUGCAUUGUGGUCACAGUUACAAUGUAUCUGUGGAGGCGACAAAUGGGAAAUGUAACAGUGAACAAAGUGAUCCUUUUGAAAUCCAGUCAGCACCGUGUGCACCAGAGGAUGUCAAAGCCCAUUUGAAUUGUGGAUCUGGAUCGGCAGUGGUUUCAUGGAGUCAGUAUAGUGGAGCAUUAUUGCACAUGGCAACUGCAGAGAGAGGCAAUGGCCACACAGAGCACUGCUCCAGUACAAAUGGAAACUGCAAAAUAUAUAAUUUAGAGUGUGGACAGAGAUACACUAUCACUGUAACCACAGAAGGCUACUCAUGUGAUAGCAUGCCAAGUCGCAGCAUCAAAUUCUAUUCAGUCCCCUGUGAGCCACAGAAUGUUGAAGUACAACUGGAUUGUAACCUCAAUACAGCUCUGGUGUUGUGGGACUACAGUAGAGGAGCACUGUGGUACACUGCCUUUGCAGAAGGAGCUGAUGGAAACAUUGUAUCAUGUAGAACAUCAGGAACAUCAUGUAGAACACCUCUGUUACUCUGUGGCCAGUUAUAUUCUGUGUAUGUUGUAGCAUCUGACAGCACUUGCAACCAUUCUCUGAGCUCAGUGGUUAACAUUCAGACAGCCCCUUGCAGUCCCCAGAAUGUAAAUGCUUAUUUGGACUGUGCAACACACAUAACGUCGGUAUGGUGGGAUCAGAGUGAGGGGGCAGUGGUCUACACUGCCAUGGCAGAAGGAAUGGAAGGAGACAGAUACUCAUGCAAUACAACAGAAGCAAACUGUGAGGUCACAGGACUUUCAUGUGGCCAGAUGUACAGUGUAACUGUGUUAGCAAUGGACGAGAAUUGCACCAGUUUACCAAGCCCAGCUUUUACAACUGAGACAGCACCUUGUAUCCCACAGAAUGUGGUAGCUCACAUCAACUGCGAGAAUAACACUGUCUCUGUGUUUUGGGAUCCCAGCAAUGGCUCAGAGUCAUACCACGUAACAGCACAAGGGACCAAUGGCCACUGGGCCUCCUGCAAUACAACAGGCACUGAAUGUGAGCUCUCUGAUGUGUACUGUGGACUGUAUUACUACAUAACUGUACAGGCAGUCCGCAUGGGGUGUAACAGCUCACAUAGCUCUGCUGUGGCAGUUAAAACAGUACCGUGUGUCCCCCAGAACGUCAAUGCUUACAUGGACUGUGAUUCUGGAUUUCUGUCAGUCUCCUGGGAGUUCAGUGAAGGUGCAUCAUCAUACAUUGCCACUGCAGAAGGAGGUGACGUGCAGCGAUGCAGCGCCAAUGAUACGCUGUGUGACAUCACUGACCUGUCCUGUGGAGAGACCUAUACUGUCACAGUCCUUGCGCACGAUGACACCUGUGACUCUGCUGAAAGUCCUUCGGUCACAAUGAGAACAGUUUCGUGCAUCCCACAGAACCUCGAUGUCCAUGUAGACUGUGACACAAACGAUGCUUCAGUAUUGUGGAGCCACACUAAAGGUGCAGUCUCUUACUCGGCAACUGCAGAAGGAAGUGAUGGGCACCCAGUUUCCUGCGAGACGGCCAGUACCGAAUGUCAGAUAACCAACCUACACUGUGGACAGGUGUACAAUUUAACUGUGACAGCACUGGAUGGUGUGUGUGACACCUCACAAAGCUCUCAGUUAGAAUUUGAAACUGCCCCUUGUGUAGUCAAAUACAUUUCUACUAACCUGGACUGUGACACUAGGAGUACGUCAGUGACCUGGGCGAAGGCUGAGGGUGCCAUGUGGUACAUUACAACAGCAGAAGGACAAGAUGGACACGUUUCACUGUGUAACACAACAGAGACGAGCUGUGAUUUUAUGGACCUUCACUGCAGUCAGACAUAUUUCAUAACCGUAACGGCAGUGCGUGGUUACUGUCAGAGUAUAAGUACCAUGGUUGAAACCAAAACAGGUGAGAUAUCUGAAGAUUUUUGA